GUUUUUUUCUGGUUUAUUGUAGGGCUUCUCGUCCUUCUUAGUCCACUCACAACAGCAUCCAACAGGUUCUUUUUCAAUGAAACAUCAUUAAUACAAGUGUCAAGUGCAGUAGUUCCUCUUACUAGUGGUUUUGAUUUAACAUUUAGAACUUGCAAUGGUGGAGUUUUGCUCAGCCAAAAGGGUACAAACAAUGGUUUCUUCACCCUUGAAGUUGUGCCCACGGUGGUGAACUAUUCACAUACUCCUACAUUAUUUAUUGCCAGUCACCUCAGAAUGACUUGGGAGAUAAGUGGUACAAGACAGUUUGUUACAGUAGGAACAAAGCUGGAUCAGAAUUUUAAUUAUAAAGUGGAAUUUGUUGCUGGAAGUGGAGCCAUAAAUUCAACACUUGUACUAACUGGUAUAUCAUCUGUUGAUGUUCCAAAUAGUAUUUUAGGAUUUCGUAAUUCUGGCCCUUUAAGGGCAGGGCAAGGAUUCGUUGGUUGCAUUGGAAGUGGCACAAACAUUCAGCUCAGAGACAGUGGACCUGGGACGUUUUUUAACAUCAAAAACUGUACUCUUGAUAACCAGCAAGGAUGCCCUGAUAAAGGUUAGUGUCAGUGACAAAUUUUUUGUAUUAUUAUUCAUUCACAAUAUUUUUCAUAUCUGAUUGGCGGAAAUCCCCCAGCUAAUUUUAUUCUUCAUUAUAAAGCAGCUGGCAUUUUCCAAAUUUGAAAGGUGUGAGCAACAUACAUUGUACAGUUCCAGUUUUAGUUUGUUUAUUUACCAGAAAAAAAUACAUAUACAAACAGACAUUCAAUGACUAAAAUGUUAUUUAAAAUUAAACAGACAUAAAUUGUAAGUUGUAAAAGAAUUAAAAGUAUUUUUCUGGUGAGGAAGCUAAAAUAGAAACCUUGGGGCUUAUUAUAUGAGCCCCUCCCUAAGACUAACUAUUAUGAAUAAAUAAGUGGCGAAAUCAAACUGAAAUGUAAUUAGGAUGAAAAGCAAGCAAAACAAAACAGACAAAAAGCGGCAAAAAUCAAGUACUAUUUACAAGUGGUGAAUCAGCUAAGAUUAUUGAAUGAUGGUUUACUUGCUUGAAAAUGAGGUUGAUCAAUGGUAUAUUUGUGUGGAAACGAGGCUAAUUGGGAAACAGUUAUGCUGGAUUUAUGGGUCUUUCUGCAGGUACUGUCAUCAAAAAAGAAAUAAAGGAACCAAAACAAUGUUAAAGUUCUCCUCGAGGCUUUAUUGUUUGGUUGUAAUUCCUCUAUUGUACAUAAUCUGUCUGUUUUUAGAACAAAAAACACGGAAAGACGAAAGAAAACCCGCAAAGGUAUUAGAGCCAUGAAAACGGAAUCCAACAGAAAAUACUUAAAGAACCUCUCCAGUCUAGAACUUACAAAUGAUCAGGAGCCAGCAUUCGCUUGACCGUUUGGAAAUGGUCCGGUGAGAGUCAGUACCCAGGGGCUCUUCUGCUCAUGCUUGAAAACUUUCAUCGCGCCUUGUCUCCCAACCCGAAUGACAGCCCUGGGUCUCUGAGGAUGCGACACCCAUGGAACUUUGCCAUUGCAAUUUUGUAAUUUCACAUGCACAAUAAUUAUUAUGAAUUAACGCUGAAAUUUAGUGCCAAAAUUAAGGAGUAAUUUGUCACCCAUGAAAUAAGAUUGAUAACCCUUCUGCACAUGUUGACUUGCAGUUUGCCCUACUGGUUUUACUGGAGAUUACUGUGAAAUAAACAUUGAUGAUUGUGCACAGUUUCCAUGUCAUCACUACAGUACAUGUAAAGACCUCAUUGGUAAUUACAGCUGUGUAUGUGGGCCUCGCUGGACUGGCAGACACUGUGAUAACCACUUAGGAUCUUUAUGCAAUUCUUCUCUUUGCCAAAAUGGAGGCCACUGUAGAGACACUGCGGACUUCAAUAACUACACCUGUACAUGUGCUCCUGGUUACACUGGGAGGAACUGUGGAGUCCAAUUUGAUCCUUGUGACAGUUCUCCAUGUCAACAAGGUGGAACAUGUUCUAAGCUUGGAAGUGAAAAUUUCCAGUGUGCCUGUCCUUCAGGUUAGUCUUCAAUUGCCAUUUGAACUGUUUGUCUAUCAAUGUAAUUAGAUACUGUAAAGUCUCGUCACUGGGCCUUGUUCUAGCUUGUGUUGGAAAUCACCGGCGAUUUUACAAUCAGUCAUCAAAAAUAGUCAGAUUGACCCAAAUGAGCAAUCAUCAAUUAUAAUAUUGGCAAGAUCUCUCUAUAGCAAUUCCAUUAUAUUUUUCACCUUUGUGCAAGUCAAGGUACAUAGUACAUGCACUAGAAACUUUUUUUAGUUUUUGACUUUAGACCACUGAGCGUAGAAUUGUUUCUGUGCUUUCGGGUGAUCAAUUUCUCUUUCUUCUUUAAUUAUGAGACGAUUAAAAAGACAACACUCAAGUUCUCAAUACUGUACUUUUAUCUGCCAAAGAUAUAUUUUUUUACUUCAAUAAUUGAUUGAACAUUUUCCAUAGUCUACUAUCCCAAGAAAGAUUUCAGAUCGAUGAUUGGCACACCCCUGGUUCUACAGUGUAGAACCAGGGGUACUGUGCCUGGUGACUCACUUUUGGCUUUUAGUGCAUAACAAGGACGACUUAGUUUUAGCAUAGUGUAAAAUGCUGGCCACAAUUUGAUGCCAUAUCUCUCUCUCUCUGCUGGAAAUUCUCCUGCGCCCAGCUGACAAGUUCCCACCACAUUGCCUUGCAGUCUAUCACUGCAGUUUUAUUUCCGAAACUGAUUCCAAACACAGGGCCUGAAAUAAUUUUGCUACUGGCACCGGUCAAGUUCCAGUGAAACCUACUUUUGCUCGGACACACCCCUUUACCAGACAAUUACAAAUAAUUUAUUAUGACAUACAUGUAUCUCUAUAAAUUUAAACUAAAUUUUUGGUUCAUUAGAAGCGUAAAGGACCGGACAAAGUGUCCAGUCAUCUAAGGAUUUGACCAGCCAAACCUUGCUUUUGACCGGACAUAAUGUCCAUUGACUGGCUGUUAUUUCAAGCUCUGCCAACUAGUGGAUGCAGUGUACAAAGAUUACAGCCAUACCUGAUAGUGGCUAAUCAGGGGCUAGUACCGAGCAGUUUAUGUGAUUAGGCUAGUGAAUUCAACCCCUUGUUCAUCAGGGCUGUUUUAACUUAUUAAUUAUGGGUCCUUUUGACUUAUUAAUCAUAGUAGUGGAGAUGUUUCAGGCAAACACAUUUUUACUUGCCUGAAGGGUAACCUGGAAAUUUUUUUUUUUGCAUUGAAUGCUCAAAGUUAUUGGACUCCCUAUAGUUGGUUCAGUUCUUAAAGCACAGCCUUGAUUAAAAAAAAAUGUCAUUUUGAUGAUUUUUGUACUUUUCACGCAUUUAUUAUUUUCAGGGUUAACAUUAAAAUACCUUAACCCCUCAUUUUGUUAAGAUUUCUCUGUUUUAAAAAAUAAUCUGCAGAAAGUCUAAUAUAAUACAGUCACUGUCACUUGACAACAGUGUAGGUAUUUUAGCUGUCAAUCCACAAAUGUCUAUUUAUGAACUAUAGGGGGAGGGGGGGGGGGGCAGCACAAACCAACUGAGAAAUCUGUGACCACAACACAGUCAUUAUAUUAGCUGCCUGUGCCACCAUGUGCUCCUAGAGUAUAUAUCUGUAUGUGUCACUACGACAAGUUCAUAGGUUAUGGAUAACUUUUUAACAUAAUUAAUUUUUGUCUUUGAAAAUUCAGGUUUUAAGGGCCCGACUUGUAAUAUAAAUGUAAAUGAAUGUGGAACAUUACCAUGCAGCCAUGGCUCAUGUAUUGAUGGAAUCAACAGCUACACUUGCAAUUGUACUGGAUCUGGUUAUACAGGACAAACCUGUGCAGAGGAUAUUAACGAAUGUGAAACUAACAACCCUUGUCAUCCUAAUGCGACUUGUACAAACUACCCUGGUACUUAUCAGUGCAGCUGUCAACCUGGAUUUACGGGCAAGAACUGUUAUGAGAAUGUUGAUGACUGUCGUAGUAACCCCUGUAGAAAUGGAGGUGAGUCAUGUGCCAAUCAGAUCCAGUGCUGCACUCUUUUAGACUUUGAUGAGCUACUCCGCUUGGUGUUGACUGGAACUCAUCCAGGGAGCUUUUAAUGUUACCAGAAAAAGGGGUAAUACUGUCGGGAAUUAUCACAAGUUAUAAGCGGGGUACUAUCCUGUGUAUGACUGGGUGUAUAAAUAAAUGAUUGUUAGUUAAAGGAGUAGUGGUUUGAAAUCUGUAAAUAGAACCUAAAGCCUAUUUUGCCUUGGGAUUAAUUUUUCCUAGAAAAGUCACUCUGCCGCAGAUUGGUCUUGGUCGCAAAACUGCAGCAUGCAGUAAGCUCUCAUGUCCCCUAUGUCUUGAGUGGGUUGUGUGUUGACUGGGGAGAGCAUGAGCCUCGCAUGCCCUAUGACCAGGGGGACUCCCCUAUAAAAGUGACAGGGAUGCUCACUGGAAAAUGAAAAUUACACCUCAAGUUUAAACUGACCCCUAAAGGAGAUUUCUGUGUGGUCAGGGUUGCAGCAUUUUUGGUAAAAUUUAAUUUCUUUAUGCACAGCCCUUAGUGACUUUCCAUCCCCCCCAAAAUAAGUGAGACUAAAACCUGCAAUUUUGGUCGAAGCAAGAUGGCAAGCAUCCGCGUCACUUUUGUAUGGGAGUCUUCACCCCACCCCCGGCCCUAUGGUGUAGAGAGAAACAUCACUCUCUCCCCAGUAUCACUCUCCAUUUUCAGCCUUUCUCCAUACUCUUCAUUUUGACUGUUUGGGCAUAAAUUACUUGACUGCGAAAAAAUAUGGCCUGUUUUGUGGUCUGAGAAAACCACAGACCACUAGACCACUAGAUCUAAAAGAAAAUUCUGGUUUAACCUGACAGUGGACUUAACCUACAACUACAAGUAUAAGUGUUAAUGUAAUGUGUUUUAAAAGUAAUGUGUUUUAUGUUGUCACUUUUAGGAUCUUGUCAUGAUAAAGUAAGUGGUUACAUCUGUAAUUGCACAGUGGGCUUUAAUGGCAGCCUUUGUGAGAAUAACAUUGAUGACUGUGUAUCUCACACUUGUAACAACUAUUCAUUGUGCGAGGAUGGAAUCAAUAACUACACGUGUGUUUGUAAGCCUGGUAAGUUUGCAGCCUAAAUUAGUCACAGGUAUCAUUUACACAGUUUCAACUCCAUGCUCAUCUUGGUUAUAUCAUAUUGUUAUUGUCAGGUCAUCAGUUUGAGUAGACCUGUUAGCUUGGCUGGCAAAAGUUGUUUGUUGCUCAUUAAAGACCAUGUGAUUUUACCUUAAAAAAAGUUGUUUCCGUCAUCCUAUUUAUACGUUUAUGGAUGCAUAAUUUAUGUAGGGGAUAUUACAUAGCCGUGCAGAGAUAUAAUAGAGUAAACACCAAUGAAAUACAUGUACCAAACCAUUUUUACUUAAAUAUAGGCACAAUUUAUUCUGUGACCACUGAAACUGGUGAUCUUUUCAGGGGUCAAGAUAUCACGUUUUUGCACAAAAGCCCGUAUUUCAUUGGCAAUUAUAUAAUAAGAAAAGAUCAGUGAUGCUGUUUCAUAGGCAUCAUGUGUUAAAUUCUGUAUUCGUUUCUUCCUUGUAGGAUAUACUGGAGUCAAUUGUACCACAGAUAUCAAUGAGUGUGAUUCAAGUCCUUGUCAAUAUGGUGGCAAUUGUACGCAUGGUAUUAACUUCUAUAAUUGCUCGUGUCCUCAGCGGUACUCUGGCACAAACUGUGAAAUUGACUUGGUAGAUGAUUGUAAGCCUACAAAUCCCUGUUUCAAUAAUGCAACUUGUGUUGAUGACAUCAACAAGUUCAACUGCUCGUGCCUUCCUGGAUAUGAAGGCCCAAGGUCAGUUUUCACUUUCAAGUUAAGUUCGUAAUCAGUAAAAAAAGAGCAUCCACAUUCGCUAGCUCAUCCAGUCUUCAUUGAAAGCUACUGUAAAACGGGCAACAAAAACGUGUAUCUUAUUUCGAAACAUUGCCGCAAAACGAGUUGAAUAGCGAUGUGCACGUUUUGCUACCCACGUUCAAAGCCUGCCUUGCAACAAAUCAAGUUGUGACAGUUUGCGUGAAUACCGUCGUCUAAUUGGAUAAAAUAACGCGGGAAUCACGCCGUACACCGGAGUUACGUCACUUGCUGCAAAACAAGUUUCCUUGGUUCGGUAAAAGGCGCAUGCAACUUGUACAGAUUUUGUUGCAAAAAGUAGAACUACUCUCUACUUUCUGCAACAACGUUUCGCCACCUGCAAUCAAUACCUGCUCCUGAAAGACUGCCUUUUGGUUGGUAAACUUAAAAAGUAUCUUUGAGUUCCGUGCUUCUUGAAAGGGGAAAAAGGACGACAAAAAAUGUAUCGCUUAGCGUGUACCCCCUUGGUUUCAAGGACAUUUUUUGCAGAUGUUUUUUUUCUUUGUUAGUAUGCCGACUACUGGAGUAUUGAAAGCAGUUAUUGAACAUGCAUGCAAUACCCCGCCUUUAUGCCACAUAUGCGUCUAUACGGUAAACAUUACAUUUUUGUACUUACUGUUAAGACGUGCAGAAUGUUUAGGACAAGAAGAGCGCUUUCUGUGACUCAUCUGUAGUCGCAGAGAACAUUUACCUCAGGACCGUAGUUUUUUUAGAUUGCAACUUUUGCAGGUGCGUUUUUGAAGCUGACUUCCUCAAGCUUUUACAGCACAUGAAAGUUAAGGCCAUACAUUGUUGUAACUUUGUUCCGGUUAGUGAAUAGAAAGAUAGUGUGUGAGUUUUGAAAUGAUUCCAAUAUUCCCUAAGACACGAGAGCAGAUAUAAGUGAUGUGAUAUUUCGAGUCAUCGAUCCGCAUGAGGCAGAUCUACAGAAGUAGAAGUAGAAUGGUUUAUUGAUUACCUUACUAGCAGUAUGGACUGAAUUGCUAAAGUUUACAAUGUAUAGAAAAACGUUUUGAAAUAUAAUUCCGAAAAUACUUGCAUGCUAACCAUAUGAAUCCUGCAACUUCGAAAGUUUAAAAUAUUAGACUAACUAAGAAUUGUUUAAAAAUACUUGAACAUUUGUUAAUAAAGGUAUGACAGCACCUAUUGGUCUUGCAUGGCUUUACACGUUAUGAUCUAGAGUUCCUGAGGGCCUUAGAGGGUCCUUCGUUGAAUGGUAUGAGAGGGUGCAAAAUAUCAAGGGGAUUUUCUCCAAUUUUGUUAAAAAGUUUUUUACACAGCUCUGUCCUUCUUUGCUCUAACGUAACAAGGCCUGAACGUGACAGGGCAUCUGAGCAGUGCACUUCGCAACCAAAAAUUGUCCGCAGAGCACGUUUCAGUAUCCGUUCAAAAGUUAUGGUUAGAUAUUGUGGAAGACUAAAAUGACAAACCUGGCAGCCAUGGGGUAAAACAGACUGGAUGCAAGCAACAUAGAACUGAACCAGUUCUUGAGCUUGUACUUUUGCACGCUUUAGUUGCAAUAAAAAAUACAAGCGUUUGGCACCCUUUUUUGUCAUUUCUGUUACAUGAGAGUUCCACUUAAGGUCGUCUUGAAUAUGAAAGCGUAAUACCUUAACUACCUAUACUGUAUUAGUCUUACAACCGCAUCGAUUUCUACAAGUUAAUGAUUUGUCAGAGAGCGUGCAAAUGUUAUCCUUAGUUAUUUCUUUUUUAAAACUGAUUGGCGUAGAUCGAUAUAUGUUUUGUAACUUUAUUUCUAUAUUUGUAGUUCCUUUUUCAGUCGAUGUAAUAGUCGUAGAAUUAUUUUGAUUAGGUUGAUAGAGAGCUGGUUGACAUUCCACCAUACCUUAACUUUUUUAUUCAGAAUUCAUUACUUUCAAGGCUUUUCAGUUCAGUUCACGAACUGACGUUUUGGGUCUCCCAGUCGUUCGGUAGAUUAUUGUCAUAAAGUAAGAAAACCAAGGACAAUAGAUAGUUCACGGAAUUCCGCAAACAGAGUUCGCUCGAGUUAUAGAAAAUCUCAGUGUCUCAGUCAUGAAAAAUAAGAAGUUCAUCUUCAGGCCUGGAAAGUUAGUCAUAGAAUUUAAUGGUUAGUUGUGAAAAGUCAGGGAAAACUGUGUUGUUGUUUUCUUUUUUUUGGUUUGUGUUUUGAAAAUGUUUGAAAGUUGACAGCUAAACGUAAGGUCAUGGAAAACUGGACAAGUUCGUGCAAAAAGUCGUGGAAAUUCUUGGAAUUUCAAGAGCUCUAAAGAGUAUGCAAACCCCACACAAGUCAUCGCGUGCCUCGGUGAUUCUGUAUGGCCUAUGGCUACAAACUGCUUCCUGUUCUAAAUAUGACUUGUGAAUCAUUACAAGGGAAUGCCUCUAAUUCCAUAUGAUUAUAGUUUCUUCAACAAUAUUAGUGGUUGACAAUAUGAAAACUUUCGAAAAUUCUAUAAAUAUUCCACAACUAGAUGUAGAUUAUCGUCAUAUUGCUUUCCUGCAAUUUCACUGGCAUGUUGUGCUGUUGAAUAGCCUUUUCUAAAGCCAAUUUGGAAAUGGAAUAUCGCUCUUUUCAUUAAUUUUUUGCAGUGAAUGUCUCCUUUUGGUCAAGUCGGAACUGUGAUUUCCCGCAAGCUUUAUAAUUAAACCGCUGUAGAAUACCAAUAUUAAAUUUUUCAAAUUUUAAAAUAUUCACAGUGGCGUUAUACGUGACGUCUUGCGUUCAAAUACCUCGAAACAGAAAGUUCGUUAUGAAAGAGCUUGUAAUGUGGUGGGUCGGAUGCUUAUCAAUUCGGGGAAGUUUGUCGGCUAAAUUGCAACGUACAUCAGUUAAUGUGAAAUGUUUCUAAGAACAAUUGUUCUACCACGUCCAUCAUGUUCCCAGAUGAUAUCAAUCCUCAUGUUGUUAGUCCUUAUGUCUUGCAGGUGUGAAACUGAGACAAAUGAAUGUCUUUCUUCCCCUUGUCUCAACAAUGGCACUUGUAUUGACCGAUUCAAUAACUUCACCUGCAACUGUACGUCAGGAUUUACAGGACAUCGCUGUGAUGUCGACAUCGAUGACUGCGUGAUUAAUCCUUGCCAAAACAAUGCUACAUGUGUUGAUGGUAUCAAUCAUCGAACUUGUUACUGCCCUGCUGAGUUUUAUGGCGACGACUGCGACAAAGUGCGAGAUGCAUGUCAUCCUAAUCCCUGUGACAACAACGCGAACUGCUCUUUCGCCGGGAACUCAUACAGCUGUAGCUGUGUGUUAGGAUUUGAGGGUAGAAACUGUUCAGUGAACAUCGACGACUGCAAAAAUGACUCCUGUGUUGCAAACGCCACUUGCAUCGAUGGUGUUAAUAACUUUACUUGCCAGUGUCCAGCCGGGUUCCAUGGAGAGUUCUGUCAUUUGGAAAUCAAAGAGUGCGACUCAAAUCCUUGUAAGAACAAUGGGACAUGUGUUGAAGGGAUUGAUGGCUAUAACUGCUCUUGUGUGCUAGGAUUUAAUGGCACAAAUUGUGAGAACAAUAUCGACGACUGUCCGUCACAUAACUGUAACAACGGAACUUGUAUUGAUGGUAUUGACUCAUUCACGUGCAGUUGUACUUCAGGUUUCACUGGAGAAUUUUGUGACUCUGACAUAAAUGAAUGUAAUGGUAAGGGUACUUCAUAGUUAAUAGGGGUUAUUUAGGCAACUUCAUGUACCUUCAAAGUACCCCCUUCCCUCCCCUGAGGACGACUUAACCUCUCAAACCUCAUUACCUUACAAAUUCUCUAGACUGAUCUACAUACAUUUCCUUUAAGAAUUAGUUCAGCCAAUUUGUUAAAAGUUCAAAGCGUUUUCCCAUAAUUCUCAUAAUCUUUUCUCUUGAUGAUGUAUGGAUUCUGUUAGGAUAAAAUUGCUGAAAGGGUUAAGGAGGCACCCUUAAGGCCUUCGAUAGUUGCUGUUAUUAGAAAUACGUACAUGCGAUACUAGUUCGUAGCUUGAUCCUAGUUUCUUUUAAGUUAUUAGUAAAGCGUCCGAACAAGCGAUAGAUUUGUCUCCUGACAUGUGAACAUUUGUGUUUUCUAGCCUAUUUGAGUCAUAAUGUUUGUUUGUGUUUGUUUAUUGUCAGCUAAUCCUUGCAAUUGUGGUACGUGUGUUAAUGUCCCUGGUUCAUACCGGUGCAAUUGUGAUCAAUGGACAACAGGUGUACACUGUGAGAUUGAUAUUGAUGAAUGCCAAAACCAGAGCCUCUGUAGCAAGCAGUUAAGGCAAGGUGUCUGCACCAACUACAACGCGGUGACGGAUUACCAGUGUAACGAUCAUCUGCGGAAAGGAUACGAGUGUUUUUGCAGAAAUGGGUUCCAAGGUAAAUUUAGCCUGCGUUACAGGAGGUAGAGGGAAAAGAUUCGUACUCGCUUAAGGGGCGAGAUGUGUGGAUGGGGUGCCGAUCUCCCCCCCAAAAAAUGCCCGAAUUCCUCUCUUCCCCCCCCCCCCUCUUCCCCCCCGACCCUGAAUAGUGCCUGUCAGGAAAGUGACCCGUAAUGAAGUGUAAGAAAAACCCCUUACGAUAAUGGCGUAGAUUAGGCGCUUUUCAUUUGCAGUAUCGGUUUCUUCCCCUUAUGAUAUUAUUUAUUUAAUUAAUAAACAGUUUAGCAAUUUUUACUACAACGUGCCGACCCCUAGUCUAUACUGUCGCGAGAAUCUCGUUAUUUCCCAAGGCAAUACUGCGAUUUUCGCAGAGAACAAUUUCGAUGUCAUCGUGUCCUCGAUAUUUGUGAGGACGCGCGUUGUUUGGGAAAAAUUCCAGUUCUAUAAGAGUAAUGCUUUUCUCUAUUCCAGGUCAUAACUGCGAAUUAAAUACCGAUGACUGCUUAAGUUUGCCUUGUAAAAAUGGCGCGACUUGCACCGAUGGGGUUUUUUCCUACACUUGUACAUGUGCAUCUGGUUGGACGGGAAAAAACUGCGACACUGACAUAAAUGAGUGUGACCUGCAUGUCUGCCAAAAUGACGCAACUUGUCUAAACUUAGAUGGAACAUACAACUGCACAUGUAAGCCUGGAUUUUCAGACUUCAAUUGUUCCACUGAUAUCGACGAAUGUGAAUCAAGCCCUUGUGUUAAUGGAAACUGUACAGAUCUGGUAAAUGGCUUCAACUGUACCUGUUUUCCUGGAUAUACAGGUAACCUAUUGAAACGCAAAUAGUUUUGGACUACAUUAAAGGGGCCAUGUCAUGCUCCUAUUUGCGUUUUUUUUAAAAGGGCUUAAACUUGUUUUCGCGUCAAUUGAAUUCCAAAAAUAAUGGUCCAGUUUUGUUAUUAAACAGGGUUCGCACAGUCUUGAAAUGUCCUUGAAUUUUGAGGAAAGUCCUUGAAUUCCAUUUUUCCUUGAAAAGUCCUUAAAUUUCUUUGCAAGUCCUUGAAAAGUCCUUGAAUUUUCUUCAACUUUGAAUUUAGUGGCAUGGAAAGUGCUUUUUGAUGAUUUUUCAUUGUCCAAGACGGAAUUAUAAAUUAUGAAUCAUAGCUCAGAGAAUUUAAAGGUUAUUCACACAAAGUGCUCAAUUUUUUAUGCAAUAAUUAACUAUCAAUUUAAGACAAGUGAACUGCAAAAUUUAGAGAAGUUGGUGAAGCAAACAGUUCAAGCCUUAGAGGCUUAAAAGAAUAGACUGGAAAUGUGCAUUUUUGUACAAUCUGUGAAAUUAUAUUCCUAGUAGGUGGUCCUUAAAAAGUCCUUCAAAAAGGGUUGGAAUUUUUUGUGUGAACCUUGUUAAAGAAUUUAUUUAGGCAUUGAAACUGUUUCCUGUCGUCUGUUUCAACGGAUGGCAAGGAUGGACGUGGAUUAAAACUAAUUAGUGCACCUUGUUGAAAUUUCGUCAUAACUCUACAGGAGUAAUUUGUGUAUGGGUAAAGGCAAGAAAUGCUGACUUCAGCACAGACUCGCUACGUGUCGAGUUCGCUACGUUGGAGUUCACUACCUGUUCGCUACGUAUUACUUUCUUUCGGUAAACCAUUUAAAAAUAUUUCCUUAAUAUCACUAAAUAUUUCUCUAUAUUUCUCGUUCUUUUACGCUUCCCCCUCCAAAGGUGCAAGUUUUGGACUUUGCCAAUUGGCAGCGAGCCCAGUAUGUUGGUAGCGAACUCGAACGUAGCGAAUUUGAGAGGUAGAGAAACUGGUGUAAAGCCCCUCGUGACUACCCCGUUACGCUGUGAUUUAUGUCUACUAGCAGUGUAUCGUAAAUAUGACAACAUCAUCAUGAUUUCUUUCCUAACAGUCCGCGCAGUCCUUUUAGAAGAAAUAGUUUUUUGUAAUCUGUAGCUAAUGACCUAAAUAUGACCAUUAUAAGGCCUGGUUCUGAUUGAACUACGGUUGUUGCCUGCACACCAACGUGAUAUUUUGAAGACAGUGUUGAUCCUUUUUUAAACCUAAAUGGUGGCCAAGAUUUUUCUCACUGUACUUCAUAUAUUUUACUUCCCUGGGGAAAACUAUCGGUUUGAUGGGUGGGGCCGGAAAGCCGGGGCUUCUCGCAAGCAUGAAAUUAAUUGCAAUACAUUAGUCGGGGCAAUUGAUUCUGAAAUUUUUUGUUUUAAUUGGAGUAUUUCAAUAUUUUUCAUCCCAUAGGAAAAAAUUGCUCCGAGGAUAUCGACGAGUGUGCGUCUAGUCCUUGUAUAAACAACGGAACAUGCUAUGAUUUAAUAGCUGAUUUUAACUGUACAUGCCCUAGUAACUACACUGGUAAAAGGUGUGAGACCAAGGUCACAUCCUGCGUUCCGAAUCCGUGCUUUAAUAACGGCUCAUGCACGCCACACCCAGAAAACAACAACUUCACGUGUGAAUGCUCUCCGGGGUUUGGAGGUGCGCUAUGCGCGAACGUGACCACCAUUGGAUUGAGCGGCUCGUCAUUCAUGUUUUUCCAGCUUGACAGAAAUGCCUUCGAGCUUUCGUUUCAGUUUCGGACCACUCUAAGCUAUGGCCUGCUUGCGGCUGAUUCACAAAAUACUUUUCUUGUGUUUCUCGAAACAGAAAAUGUUACUAUCGUGUACAAUAAGGUUACUAAGCUUUCUGUAGGCAAGACAGCCAACCUCAGCGAUGGCCACUGGCACACAAUUCAUAUCAACAUAUCUUCAAGCUCUGUGAGCGUGACAGUUGAUAACUCUUCUUGCGGUCAACACUGCGUUGCUUCAUCUUCUCUGCAAACUCAAGUGAGCUUAACAGAUCUUUACGUUGGUGGAUCUCCAUUUGGUCCAAGUUAUGAUCAUAAUACGCUGUAUAAUUUUACUGGCUGCUUCCAGGACGUAAACAUAGACAGGAACACUGUGAUUCCCACAGGCUCACAAGUGUCUUUAAUCAAUACUAGUAUUGGAUGUCUCCGCCGUGAAGUUUGUGCUUCGAACCCCUGUGCUUAUGGCAAGUGUGUAGAUAAAUGGAUCAAGUAUAGCUGUGAAUGUGAGCGCCGCUGGAUUGGCCCACAAUGCAAUGCAAGUGAGUAAUAACCAAAACUAAAAGACAAAUCGCACAACAUUUUGACCAAAUUUUCCUAAAGUCGCCUUAAAUCUUCUUAAGUCGCCUAAAAUUACGGCGACUUAAGGUCCCAGAGUAGGCCUUAAAAGGAUAAGGCUGUUAAAUGUUUCUGUUUAAAAUGAGCUGCAAAAACUGUUCCCAUCUGAGACAACAAGCAGGACCAAUACAAGAUAUCAUGUGACAGUAAGAUGUCUGUUUAAACGAGGCAAUGCGUGUAAUUACCUGGGUGAUCAUAAUGCAUCAAGUGAUGUUGUAGUUAUUAGUGAUCGAUUGCCAGAGCAAUCAGGCACGUUGUGAUUGAAUGACACUAAUCAAAGGGUUUUACAUCUGUACUUGUUAAGCUUGAAUUUCGAGUGCUUGUAGAUUAAGUAACAAUAAGUGUUGUAAUUAAUCGAAAAAAUAAGUCACCAGCAAGAAAAGUCAGUCUUAAAAAUGGCAAAAAAUCGGUUUCCUCAAGAUGCGUUUUUAGUGAUCUGUACAGAAAAUUGCGUUCCCGCAGUUUUCCUUUUUAUCCUUUGCACGAACAUUAUGCUUUGGUAACGCCCAUGUUCUCUUCAUUUCAGCUUUGAUUCCAGGUUCGUUUGGUGCAACCGAACCGUUGAACGUUGCUAGCAACAGACGGCGUCGGGAUAUUCAGAGCAUGCAGAAUGCGAGCUUUGCUAAAUUUCUUACCAACCGUACAAGUUUUGGCGCUUCUGGAGAAUUAUCAUUCUUCAUCCGAACUCGAGAACAUAACGGUCUCGUGGUAUUUAUGACAGACAGUGGCGACAACCAUAUUGCUGUUGUUGUUUAUGAAGGAUUCUUGACUAUUCAAGUGAAGUUAGACGGGGUAAAUUCAAAUGUGACGCUCAAUGAAAGUAUAAAUGACGGAGAAUGGCAUUUCGCGGAAGUACAAGGCAACAUGUUGCGCCUUGAUAACCACACACAGGAAGUUGUUCUAACCGGAGGGAAAAGUAUUAACUUAACUUUCACCUUCAUUGGAGGAUUGGAUGACUACAAUCGGUUCCCUGAUGCCUUUCUUAUAAGAACCCCAUUCCGGGGCUGUUUGCAGGACAUUCGACUCAACAAUCAACUGUUUGAUUUCGGCUUUACGCCUCCCUCGUUGAUUUCCAUGGAUCAGUAUCAGUUACUAGCUAGUGGUCAUGUGGGUGAAGGGUGUAAAGGGAUGAACGUCUGUCGUUCCGCUCCAUGUGGUGUUGGAGGGUACUGUAAAGAUUUAUGGAACAAAUAUCAGUGUGACUGCAAACCACGCUAUGGUGGGACGGACUGUGCACUGUAUGGUUGUGCCCUGGUUAACCUGUGUCCUGCCAAUACAACUUGCAGAGAUGUCGGUGAAAAUUACGAGUGUAAGUGGUCAACUAUUUAAAAUAUUAAUUCUUUUAUUCUCGAAGUUUUUAAAAUAAAUUUUGUGCCAACUAUAUCACCCCAAGAAGGCGAGGACUUAGAUUUAUUAUAAGAGUGAAGGGUCCAGUUAUCUGUACCAAAAGACUCAGUAUCACUAGCCACGUCUUUUGGAUUGAUAUCCCUUCAGGAUCUUAAUUUUCCAGCUAAAUACUAUUUUCGGCCGCUAUCACUUUCGGACUCUUAAAGUGCGCAAGUACGUUGAAGCAACGAAAAUUGAUCGGAGCGUUUAAACGGUGUCAAUUCAAUCCAAUAUUUUCCAAUAUCUGUGUACGUAGACAAAGUUGUUGAUCAAAGGAAUUUUAGACGAAAGCCCAAACUAUCCCAAACUAUGUUGCAACGCUCUUCCAACAAGGUUUCAAUGUUAUUUCAACGUUUCUCACCAAUAUUGGAAGAAUUGGUCAUGCGGUGCCAAGUCAGUGUCGCUAAGUGUUAAACUAUUGCUGGAACCCACGCACGCUCUCAUCAAUGCCAGAAAUGGUAUUGAAGCAAAAGGAUUCCUGUCAUCAACGUAUCUGCAAAGAUUGCUAUGUGCUUUUUACACAGUUAGGGUUGACUUCAUAACUAGCUUGGCUUUGGCACUCCACCCUCUGAUCAGAGACAGUGAGGAAUUCUAUGUGUAUGGGACUCAGGGUAGAGAGAACUUAGAAUUUUUUCUCGUUUAUUUGAUAGGUGUACGUCCUGUCACAUUGAAUGGCAGUUCAAGCAGUGCAGUGUUCAAAUUCACUUCAAACGUUAAUGUCAGCUUCAGUGUGUCCCUGAGAGUGCGGACAAGACAGCCAUCGACUAGUUUGAUUGACAUAAAUCAAGACCAGAAUACUUUCUUUAAGAUGGAGGUCGCGAAUGGGCGAGUAAGAACCCAUUACCUUUUAGAAGGAGAAAGUGUUUUAAUAUUGUCAGGUAAGAGUCAAUACAGUUCGGCACAAAUUUCGGGGAACCCUCUAUAUGUACUGAGGGUGUUCUACCCUUAAAUAUAGGUCAUAGUGCUGUGAACUGAUACUAUUUAUCACUGCAUACUGGAACGUAUCGCCUUGUGUAUUUUAAACUGUUUAAAGUUCUCAGAUAGGAACAUGUUCACGAUACAUUUCUCGGUUAUAAUCUGGUAAACUAAGACCUAACAACAAAGUGCCUGACCUAAUGAACAUUUGGUUGGGUACCCUGGCUCCAGAGGUCCGUUCUUGAAAUAUCUAGGAUGAAGUACACCGUUCUUACGGUUUGAGAAAGUGAGGCGUUUCGCCGCGAACUGUCAGGAAUUAUAGAUAUAGGUAAAAAAAUAACCUCUAGAACUCAGGGUAAUGGUUGGGAGGGGAUUUAUUAAAACUACAGAACACAGCCAGGACCCACCUAUCUACAGAAAGGCUUGUGGUGCCUCAGCAUACCCUAUUGGGACACCGUCUACCUUUCAGGAACUUCUGUCAACUUAAAAUCUUAAAUUUUGGUUUGUGUUUGUAUUUUCAGAUGUUUUUGUUAAUGACGGCCGAUGGCAUGACGUCGUCUUCAACGUCACCAAUAAUCAAAGUCAUGUUACUGUAGACGGUAGCAAGACUUAUAACUCAUCCAGACUUCCUAGUAGGGAAAUAACCGGCUUAUUACAACGCACUUCAGUUUUGGUUGGCAACUCGGUGUUUAAAGGUUGCUUAGAUAAUGUCCGCAUUGGAGGUCUUUUGCUCCCGUUUGUUGAUUACUAUAACGGUACAUUGAAUGUAAGUCAUGUGACACCAUUAAAACCUCACUUUAACGCCACCAUCCGCGGAAUACAGCUUGGUUGCCAUGGUGAUGAUGUCUGCGCCAUAAGUCCUUGUGUACGCGGUGUAUGCGGUGACGUUUGGAACCAGUUCACGUGUGCGUGUCCCGAGGGAUGGGCGGGGAAUGUUUGUAACCUGACCGCUAACAUGACUUGCGCACACUCCCCGUGCGUGAAUGGCACGUGUUAUAACCUAACGCACGUAAACGUUCCAACCAAUGAGAACCAAGUAAGUGACGUUGGAUUUGACAUGUUUGGCUGUAACUGCACCGCAGGAUUUGAAGGAAAGCGAUGCGAGAACGACACGAAGGAAUGCGCCUCUGGGCCUUGUCAAAAUGGAGGAACCUGCACAGAAUUGCACCUAAACUACAGUUGCUCGUGUACAACGGGUUUUAUGGGAAGAAACUGCCAAAUAAAUAUUGAUGACUGUGCAGACAAUAACUGCACCAACAAUUCCACUUGCGUUGAUGGAAUUGCGUCUUAUAACUGUUCAUGUGUAGAUGGUUUUAAUGGCACCUUCUGUGAGCUGGAUAUUGAUGAAUGUGCUGACACGCCGCCUUACGGUCCUUGUAACGCUACGGGAACACGCAGUUGUAACAACACUAAAGGUAACUUCGCUUGUGACUGUAAACCGGGAUAUUUUGGUGCCUUGUGUCAGUAUGAUCCUUCUUUGACCUGUGAGAUAAGGGCACCCUGCAAAAAUGGGGGAAAUUGUUCGGAUAACGCAACAGCCUUCAGUUGUUCCUGCCCUGCUGGUUAUAACGGUACACUCUGUGAAUUUGACAUCCACGAAUGUGCUGACUUACCUUGCAUUAACAAUGGAACAUGCAUCGACAGUCAUGUCAACAAGUCGUACUUCCCCGGUUAUGAAUGCCAGUGCACCGUGGAUUACACUGGAAAACAGUGCGAAAAGCUCAUUGAUUUAUGCAAUGAGUAUCCAUGUAAGAACAAUGCAACGUGUGAAAGGUUAGCAUAUAACGAAUACAGAUGCAACUGUACAGAAGGGUUUGGAAAUGUAAAUUGUAGUGGACUAUUGGCGAACUGCCUUCCUAAUCCAUGCAAACGUGGAGUUUGUAUCCCGUUAAUGGAUAGUUACGUUUGUCAGUGUAACUCUGGAUAUACAGGGAGCAAUUGUGAUUCACUCAUUGACAAGUGCGACUCUAAUCCUUGUCAAAACGGUGGUACUUGCACUGCGGAAGAAAACUUCUUCAAUUGUUCCUGCAGCUCAGAUUGGUUGGGUGGACAUUGUGAGUUUAAAAAUCCCUGCUCGCGAAACCCUUGUGAGAAUGGUGCUUCUUGUGUAGUGAAUGAUCAGCUUGGAAACUUUUCAUGCGUGUGCCCUGAUAAGUUUACUGGACAGUUUUGUGAAACACAGCUCACAUCGAGUCCUCCAGUUGCAAAGGAAUCUCGGGUAUCUCCGUAUCUUAUCGGUGGGGUGGUAGUGGCGGGCCUCGUUGCCAUUUCACUUUUUAUUCUUCUGAUUUUGGCUCUGAGGAAACGAGCGGGUAACGGUACUUAUAGUCCAAGCAAGGAGGAAGGACAAGCUGGCCGAGUGGAACUGGAUUCCAUACUCAAACCUCCACCCCUAGAGAGACUCAUAUAA